UCAUGUCAAGUUUCCACCUAGUUUCACAGGUUUCACAACCACAACCUCACUUUUUAUCUUUUAAAUCAAAGUUUUAAAUUGGUUAUUUUUGGAAAAUAUGUUUAGAGAAUGAGCCAAAAGUUACUUUUGUGAAUUAUUUGUGAAUAUAAAUUAUUUAUCUAAAUAUAAAUUAGAUAGUUCUGUUAUUUUACCAUCAUGCCGUUUAUGAAAGGUCGCUCUCCCAUCAGAAGAACAUUACAAUAUUUAGAAGCAGGAAAAUUACAUUUAAAAGAUCAAAUAAAGAUUGUAACAGUUAAUUAUAAUGUUCACGGUGAGAGUCAUCAAGGUACCAGAGACUUCGUAUUUUGGUUUUUGCCUCAAAUACAGUAUAAAAACCCCACAGUACAAAUAUCAACAUUUAAAAACCUAACACCAACUCCCUUUAUUCGAGCUUUUUACGAAACUGGUCAACACAUGUUAAUUGAUAUCGACAACAAAUCGAAAAACGAGAUUUAUGAUCAUCUAGUCGAAGUUUUAGGGAAAACUAGCGAGGUACUUAAAGCGGAAUCAAUUGCUCAAGAGAAGAAAGAUAAUCCAGCCAACUUCGGACUUGGAUGUAAUCGACAUUGUUUAUGUGAACUUCCUGGACAAGUACCAUGCCCAAGUCUCUGUCCACUUCCCAAAGUUAUGCGUGGAAAAUAUAUGUUCAAGAAAGAUGAUUAAAUAAAUUAUUAUAGUUUUAGAAUAACUAAUUGCUUUAAACUAGCUUUAUUUACUUCAUAUGUAUUUGAUAGAGAAUUAGGGUGUAAAUAAAACAACAACUGACAAGUAACUUUA